AUGCUUCGUUCUUGCCAUUUGCUUUUCAUAUGCUUCUCAUUUCUUGCAACAAUUACAAAAGCUCAAAUCGAUCAGUUCAAAGGAUCCAAGAACUAUGAGGGCCCCUCUAAUCUUGUAGAUCUUCAAUACCACAUGGGUCCUAUCCUUACAUCUCCAAUAGACCUUUACAUUAUUUGGUAUGGCAAUUGGAACCCUAAUCACCAAUCCACCAUUAGAGACUUCAUAUAUUCUCUCUCAUCUUCCUCCUCUGUCUCUCCUUCAGUCUUUGACUGGUGGCAGACAAUCCGUCUUUACACUGAUCAAACUGGCUCUAACAUUACUAAGAGCAUCAGUCUCUCUCAAGAGUUCAUAGACUCAAGAUACUCUCAUGGGAAGUUCCUCACCCGCUUAUCCAUCCAAUCAGUGAUCAAGAAUUCUAUCCAAACAUUGCAUAAACCAUUACCCCUUAACUACCGCACUGGUUUGUACCUUGUGUUGACAUCAUCUGAUGUUCAAGUUCAAGAUUUUUGUAGAGAAGUUUGUGGAUUUCACUACUUCACAUUUCCAUCUAUAGUAGGUGGCACAUUGCCCUAUGCUUGGGUAGGUAAUAGUGGUACACAAUGCCCCGGGUUUUGUGCCUACCCUUUUGCUUGGCCCAAAUACUCAGGCAUGCCAACUGGAAACAAGAACAUCAUGGGUGCACCAAAUGGAGAUCCAGGAACAGAAGGAAUGAUAAGUGUGAUUGCUCAUGAGCUAGCAGAGGUGUCAACGGACCCGUUUAUAAGUGGUUGGUAUGCUGGGAAUGACCCAAGCUUCCCAAAUGAGAUUGCGGAUUUAUGUGUAGGAGUAUAUGGGACAGGUGCGGGUGGUGGGUUUGUGGGGCAAGUUUACAAGGACAAAAAAGGAAAUGCAUACAAUUUGAAUGGAGUGAAAGGAAGGAGGUUUCUUGUGCAAUGGGUUUGGGAUCCUGUGAAAAAGAGUUGCUUUGGACCCAAUGCCAUACAUUGA